CAGGUAUAUUGCUGUCUAUUUGUAUGUUUCCAAACAGAAAAAGCCCGGCACCGCUACUCCGCAAUCCACUAAUCCGCUAUGCUCUUCUCCAAUGCUGGACCUUUACGGUGCUCACAUCAAGGCAGUACAAAUAUAAGUCCCAAUAGACAGUAAAGAAAUGGAGCACUCACCAGGUCGUUCGGGGUCAUCAACGGGCGAUAGGAAUUCCACAUCCCUGGGAGAAGAUAUGAAUAAUAUUAAUGUUCCAAAGACAGAUUGGAGCCUUGAUGAGCAGUAUAAGGAGAACAUUCCUACAGGGAAAGAUCUGAUCUAUAUUAAUUCUACAGCCAUAAAGGAAGAAGAGACAUAUGUGAGCAGUGAGGAGCAGUAUAAGGACAUUCCUACAGGAAAAUAUCCCAUCUAUAUUAAUGCUCUAGACAUAAAGGAAGAAGAGGAGACAGAUGUGAGCGGUGAUGAGCAGUAUAUGGAGGACAUUCCUACACGAAAAGAUCCAAUCUAUAUUAAUGCUACAGACAUAAAGGAAGAAGAGAAAGAUGUGAGCUGUGAUGAACAGUAUAUGGAGGACAUUCUUACAGGGAAAGAUCUGAUUUAUAUUAAUGCUGCAGACAUAAAGGAAGAAGAAAAUACAGAUGUGAGCAGUGAUGAGCAGUAUAAGGAAGACAUUCCUACAGGUAACCAUCCAGAUGACUUUACCAGGAGAUCAGAGGAGAAUCUUAUAUCUUCAGAUUAUAAAGCAGAUGAUGAUAUCACACAAGAUACAUAUGAAGAACAUUCCAUUAUCCCAGAUACACCCUCAGCCCUUCACAGCCAAGAUCUCUCAUCUCAUCCUGUUAUACAAGUCCGACCUAAAGAUUCAUCUCAGUCUGUUAAACAAAAGAAGGAAAAGCGAUUUUCAUGCUCAGAUUGUAGAAAAUGUUUUACUCAGAAAUCAAUUCUUGUUGAGCAUCAAAGAACUCACACAGGGGAGAAGCCAUUUUCAUGUUCAGAAUGUGGGAAAUGUUUUGCUCAGAAAUCACAAGUUGUUCACCAUCAAAGAACUCACGCAGUAGAGAAGCCAUUUUCAUGUUCUGAAUGUGGGAAAGGUUUUGCUCAGAAAUCAAAUCUUGUUGAACAUCAAAGAACUCACACAGGUGAGAAGCCAUUUUCAUGUUCAGAAUGUGGGAAAUGUUUCACUCGGAAAUCAUAUCUUGUUAUGCAUCAAAGAAUUCACACAGGAGAGAAGCCAUUUUCAUGUUCAGAAUGUUGGAAGUGUUUUAUUCAGAAACAAGACCUUGUUAGACAUCAAAGAAUUCACACAGGAGAAAAGCCAUUUUCAUGUUCAGAAGGUAGGAAAUUUUUUACUGAGAAAUCAGAUUUUGUUAAUCAUCAAAGAAUUCACACAGGAGAAAAGCCAUUUUCAUGUUCAGAAUGUGGGAAAUGUUUUACUCGGAAAUCUCAUCUUGUUAUGCAUCAAAGAAUUCACACAGGAGAAAAGCCAUUUUCAUGUUCAGAAUGUGGGAAGUGUUUUACUCAGAAAACAGAUCUUGUUAAACAUCAAAGAAUUCACACAGGAGAGAAGCCAUUUUCAUGUUCUGAAUGUGGGAAAUGUUUUACUGAGAAAUCAAAUCUUAUCAAACAUCUAAGAAUUCACACAGGAGAGAAGACAAUUGAGAGCGGAGAAGAUAUGAACAAUAUUAAUGUUCCAAAGACAGAUUGGAGCAGUGAUGAGCAGUAUAAGGAGAAAAUUCCUACAGGGAAAGAUCUGAUCUAUAUUAAUGCUAAAGAUAUAAAGGAAGAAGAAAAUACAGAUGUGAGCGGUGAUGAGCAGUAUAAGGAGGGCAUUCCUACAGGAAAAGAUCCAAUCUAUAUUAACGCUGCAGACAUAAAGGAAGAAGAAGAGGAGACAGAUGUGAGUAGUGAUGAGCAGUAUAUAGAGGACAUUCCUACAGGAAAAGAUCCAAUCUAUAUAAAUGCUACAGACAUAAAGGAAGAAGAAGAGGAGACAGAUGUGAGCGGUGUUGAGCAGUAUAAGGAGGAUAAUCCUACAGGUAACCAUCCAGAUGACUGUACCAGGAGAUCAGAGGAGAAUCUUAUAUCUUCAGAUUAUAAAGCAGAUGAUUAUAUCACACAAGAUACAUAUGAAGAACAUUCCAUUAUCCCAGAUACACCCUCAGCCCUUCACAGCCAAGAUCUCUCAUCUCAUCCUGUUAUACAAGUCCGACCUAAAGAUUCAUCUCAGUCUGUUAAACAAAAUAAGGAAAAGCGAUUUUCAUGUCCAGAAUGUGGGAAAUGUUUUCUUUGGAAAUCAAGUAUUGUUAGCCAUCAAAGAACUCACACAGGAGAAAAGCUAUUUUCAUGUUCAGAAUGUGGGAAAGGUUUUAGUCAGAAUUCAAGUCUUCUUAAACAUCAAAGAAUUCACACAGGAGAAAAGCCAUUUUCAUGUUCAGAAUGUGGGAAAUGUUUUAAUCAGAAUUCAAGUCUUCUUCAGCAUCAAAAAAUUCACAAAGGAGAGAAGCCAUUGUCCUGUUCAGAAUGUGGAAAGUGUUUUAGUCAGAGCGGAAAUCUUCUUCAACAUCAAAGAAUUCACACAGGAGAAAAGCCAUUUUCAUGUUCAGAAUGUGGGAAAUGUUUUACUCUCAAAUCAAGUCUUCUAAAACAUCAAAGAAUUCACACAGGAGAAAAGCCAUUUUCAUGUUCAGAUUGUGGGAAAUGUUUUACUCACAAAUCAGUUUUUGUUAAUCAUCAAAGAAUUCACACAGGAGAAAAGAAAUUUUCAUGUUUAGAAUGUGGAAAAUGUUUUACUCGCAAAUCAGUUUUUGUUAAUCAUCAAAGAAUUCAUACAGGAGAGAAGCCAUUUUCAUGUUCAGAAUGUGGAAAAUGUUUUAGUCAGAAUGUAAGUCUUAUUAAACAUCAAAGAAUUCACACAGGAGAGAAGCCAUUUUCAUGUUCAGAAUGUGGAAAAUGUUUUAGUCAGAAAUUAAGUCUUCUAAAACAUCAAAUAAUUCACACAGGAGAAAAGCCAUUUUCAUGUUCAGAAUGUGGGAAAUGUUUUUGUCGGAAAUUAAGUCUUAUAAAACAUCAAAGAAUUCACACAGGAGAAAAGCCAUUUUCAUGUUCAGAAUGUGGGAAAUGUUUUAGUGAGAAAUUAAGUCUUCUUCAACAUCAAAGAAUUCACACAGGAGAAAAGCCAUUUUCGUGUUCAGAAUGUGGGAAAUGUUUUAGUCACAAUUCAAGUCUUCGUCAACAUCAAAGAAUUCACACAGGAGAAAAGCCAUUUUUAUGUUCAGAAUGUGGGAAAUGUUAUAGUCACAAUUCAAGUCUUCUUCAACAUCAAAGAAUUCACACAGGAGAAAAGCCAUUUUCAUGUUCGGAAUGUGGAAAAUGUUUUAGUCAGAAAUUAAGUCUUCUUCAACAUCAAAGAAUUCACACAGGAGAGAAGCCAUAUUUAUGUUUAGAAUGUGGGAAACAUUUUACUCAUAAGUUAUCUCUUGUUGUUCAUCAAAGAAAUCACAGAGGAGAGAAGCCAUUUUUAUGUCCAGAAUGUGGAAAAUGUUUUACUCAAAAAUCACAGCUUGUUAAACAUCAAAAAAUUCACACAGGAGAGAAGCCAAUUGAGAGCAAUAAAUGAUGCAGAUAACACAUCUAUAUAUUAACCAUGUACAUAGGAUAUCUGACAUUUAUACAUAUAUCAUAUACUGCAUCUCCAAACUUGUUCCCAAUUGUUAAUAAAAGUUUUCUUUUAGAACGUAGUCACCGAUCCAGCGAUGUCAUCACUAUAGUUUACAUGGUAGGAAAAGAGUGUGAUAUAUGGUUGUGAUAUUCACUGCUCCUCAUGGAGAAGACCCAACAGGCAUAAUCCAUGGGGAGCUGCUACUGGAGACCCAAACACCUCAGAGAGAAGGGACUUAUUCCAGUGAUGAAGAAUUCCAGGACAUGACCAGAUUAGAGACACAAAAUCACUUCUAUCUUCUGGCUUCUAGGACAUUAUUCUGAUGGAAGAACUUUACACAUUAUAAAAAGUCCUAUAGGUGUUGGGGAACAUUUAUAGACAAUUAUCCCAAGUAAUAGAAGUAAUACAGUAACUCACCACUAGGGAUGAGGGAGCUGAGCCCUGGUACCCAGAUUUAACCCCAAUUUCGCAGUUGCAGUGACUCCCAGAAUUUCUGAACACUUCUAGGUUCAGCUUGCGCUUCCCAAGUAAUGUGUGUGAUAACAACAUGAGGGAUGAAGAACACGUUUUGGCGUUUUGGCGCCAGAGGGAGCAGGAAGUACAGGGGCAGGGAAAUGGCGUCAGGUUGACCAGCAUUCCUUACAACUAUCACAUGAUCACACCAGGUUUACAAUGAUUUAUUGGUUUAUGUGUCAAUCAGCUCCCAGCCCAAUAGGAGACAGCCUUCAUCUGUGGGUUCAUCUCAGGGACCUCCCAUCCAUUCUUGCAGAAGCCUCAUCGUGCACUACAAAUCUCAGCCAGCCUCUUUCCAGGCACAGUACAACUGAACAAAACUGUGGGCUGACCUGUAUCAUAGCAAUACGUAUCUAAGUUACUGUAGACGCAGCACAGAGGGUACUCCAGUGAAAAACUUUUUUU